AUGCCUAAGCAGAAUACUGGUUCCCGCAAGGGCUCUGCCCAGAGCAAAGACUUAGGCCCGCAUGCCGUCCAGAUUGAACCCGACGCCGAGUACAUGCGGUACCUCACCAGGCUGACCUCAAGCAGCCCUGAGCUGAAGAAGGGAGGCUACAUCAUAAAGCAGCUCUCCAUCAAUGAUCUCGAGGCCAAGAAUCGCUGCCAACGGUGCGAUUCGCGUUGCGUCUGCAAGAAGCCCAUUGCCGCCACCGUUUCUGUCGCUCAGAACGUGGCUGAUACCCUUCCUAAUGUUCGCGUCUUUGAUGCCGCUGUUAGCGGCAGUGCUGGCAGCAAGGGACGGUCUACUCCUCGCAAGAAUGAAAGCACUCGCGUCAAGUCGUGCCCCAGCAACACCGGCGAGAACUCUGCCAAACUCAGCACCAACGCUCUCGGAAAGCAGGUUGCUCAGGAUAUCAACGAACAUCAGAAGGAGCACCAGGGAGAGGGCAAGUUCAGAUGUAACUGGCACAGCGGUGAGAUCAAGAACAAGGUCUGGACUUGCUGCAACCAGCAUGUCUCCCAGCCCGGUUGCAUGCACGACAACGAGCACCUUCCCCGCGAGUUCAGCCUGAAGGAGAUGACCGUCCGCUUCCAGUGCUACAACACCCCGCGUGCCCACGAGUACUUUCGCAGCCCGAAGCUCAUCCGCAGUGCCGUCGCUCUCGACUGCGAGAUGGGCACUGCCUUUGACAAUGAGCCCCAGCUCGUUCGCGUCACCCUCAUUGACUACUUCACGGCCGAGGUCCUCAUCAACCACCUCGUCUGGCCCGACGUCAACAUGGCCCACCUCAACACCCAGUAUUCGGGCGUCACCUGGCCGCAACUGAAGCAGGCCCAGCGCGAUGGCCUCUGCAUCAUGGGCACCGGCAUUGCUCGCCUCCAGAUUCUCAAGUACAUCGGACCCCAGACCAUUGUCGUCGUCCAUGGAGGCAACUCGGACCUGUCUGCCCUCAACUGGAUCCACCCCGUCAUCGUCGACUCGUACCUUGUCGAGGCUGCUUACCAGAAGGCCAAGCGGGAGCAGGAGGAGGCCGACCGCGAGUCUGCCGAGGCUGAGCGUCAGUGGCUCGAGGGCGGCCCUGGCCCGUCUGCUGAUGCCGGAAAGGUUGACGAGAAGAAGGAGAAGAAACAGCAGUCGUCGCAGCGUGGCAAGCUCAGCCUCAAGAGCCUGGCUCAGGAGAGACUCGGUCGCCAGAUUCAGAUGGGUCGCGGACACGACAGCCUCGAAGACGCCAUGGCUGCUCGGGACCUUGUGCACUGGCAUGUUCAGCGUCUCAUUAAACAAGCUGAGGAAGACGCCGCUGGUGUCGUCUAA